AUGUCGAUCGACCACACCCUCCCCCACCAGGGAGAGGCAUCCCAUCCCACCUCCAAAAAACAACCCUCGUCAGUAUCCUCAACAGUCGUCUACGCAACCUCCCGCCAAUCGUCCUCUUUUAGCCGCUGGCUCCGUCAACUGGGCGUAGUCUGUCGUCUCAACGUCCUCCUGUUGAUCCGUUACUGGAAGGCUGCUAUUCUCCAAACAAUCAUCUUGCCGCUGUUGGUGGUUGGUAUGGUUUAUGGAGUGCAAAAGGCUUACUCUUCGGAUAAUGGCAAGGUUACUGUCGGAGACAGUACUGUGUCUACUUGGACCAUGCCUGGUAUUCCUCAGUGCAAGCCAGAGCUGCUUUCAAACGCUUGUAUGACGAUCGUCUACACCCCCCAGAACGCCGAGACUACCGAGAUUAUGAACUACUUCCAGACUCAGAACCAAGCCCGCACCAACCAAGAGCUCAAGAUCGAGUCCACCGUCUGGGACGAUCUCUCCAGCGUCCCCAAAUCCAACAUGGGCAUCGUCCCCGUCCCCUCUGAAAAUUUUAUCUAUGACUAUGCACUCGCCCACCCCGACACCAUCCAGCUCGGUGUGGCGUUCACGAAGCAGGAGCCUGUGGCACCUGCGACCACAGUGCACUGGAACUACCAAGUCUAUUACAACAUGACCCACGCGACCAACAUCACGGUCAAGUCUGGUUACAAAUACACACAGGAGGCCGGAUACAGCCGUGAGGCCGGCUUCGAUGAUCCGUAUGGGGCCCAGCUGCCCAAUAUGAUCCGUGCCAUGGACGAAGCCCUCCUCACCUUCCUCGACCCGCAACACACCCAAGCUCAACUCGAUUACUCUCUGAAAUCCUUCCCUACCGCCGAUAAGGUCAAUGGGUUCUCGUCGCAGGAUGACAUGGUCAACGCAUUGUCGAACCUCAUGGCCUUGCCAGCCUGUAUCACCAUGAUCAUGGCGAUGCUCCGCGUCAGCCGCGAGAAGGAGUCCAAGUGCCGCGAGUCGAUGGAGAUGAUGGGUCUCUCGAGUUUUACGUACUGGACCGCACAGUGGUUGACGUCUUGGAUUAUGGCGUUGAUCCAGGGGACGGUUAUGGUUGCGUUUGGUUAUGCGUUCAAGAUGCAGAUGUUUGUCAACUCGAAUGGGUUCGUCAUGUGGGCGAUGUUUGUCCUCCUCGCCUAUGCCAUGACCUUAUUGGGACUUUUGUUGACGACCUUUUGUCAGAAAUCCGGUACUGCGAUGGGAUUCGGAUUCGCGUUGCUGGUCGCCGUCUUGAUUGUCGUCCCUAUCCUGGCUGCCGGUCUGUGGCCCGAUUUGUGGCUGGAUACCUCAUUCUAUGAUGUCAAUAUCGCGACGGGAGAGUCUCUGCCCCCAAGCCGCAGAUACACCUGGAUCAUCUGCCUUGUUUUCCCCUUCCUCAACUUUGCCCAGCUAUGGUCCCAAAUCUCCACCGCCGCCCUCGGCAGUACCAAUUACGAUUCUGGAGAGUAUAUUGCAGGGCCUGGGUUCAACUUUACCAACCUUAACAACUUUAGCGCACCCCGUAAGGAAUGGCAGGGACUUGUCCCGUUGCCUGUCAGUGGAUUGACCUACCAGUUGGUCUGUGUUGUUGUCAUUGCCCUGUUGACGCUUUACUUUGACAAGGUCAUUGCGGAUGAGCACGGUCGGUCCUCGGGCGCGUUCUUCUUCCUCGGUGGCAUUGGUGACUUCUUUAGAUGGAUCCGUUAUGGUGGUGCGGAAGGUGUUGCUCGUCUCAAGUCUGCCGAUGCCCAGAAAGUCAUUCCUUAUGAAGGUCAACCCCCCGCCGAUGAGGAUAAUGAUGUGGUCGCUGAGCGCGAACGUGCCGUCAACUGCCAAACCGAUGUCGCCAUCCGUAUCUCGAACCUCACAAAGACCUAUACGAAGAACGGUCCUGGAUUCUUCAAGAACCUCUACCUGGCUCUCUGCUGCUGCUGCUGCCGGACCCGUCGUCGCUCUAACAAGGUUGAGAACCGUGCCGUCGAUCGCUUGAACCUCUUGACGGAACCUAACGAGUUGUUUGCCCUGCUGGGUCAGAACGGUGCCGGUAAAUCAACGACCAUGCAGAUGCUCUAUGGUGUCACGACCCCGGCCUCCGGCAACGCCUUCUUGUUCAACCGGUCCAUCAAGACCGACAUGCAAGCCAUCCGGUCCACCAUGGGAGUCUGUCCUCAGCAUGAUGUGCUUUUCAACGAUUUGACCUGUUGGGAGCAUAUGCAGCUCUAUGCCGGAAUCAAGGAUCUCCCUGCCGACGCCCUCCGUGCCGACUUUGACGACUCUUCCGCUGGAACCGAAACCGUCAAGGAGAACACCCGCGAACGCCACACCUGGAUCCGCUCCCGUCUGGAAGCCGUCCAACUUUGGAAGGACCGCGAUACCAUGGCCGGCCGUCUCUCUGGAGGUAUGAAGCGCCGUCUGUCGACCAUCAUCUCGACUAUCGGAGACCCUAGCGUCUUGAUCCUCGACGAGCCCACCACAGGCAUGGACCCCGUCCACCGUCGCCACGUCUGGACCUUCCUCGCCCAAUUCAAGCGUGGCCGUUCAAUCCUCCUCACCACCCACUCGAUGGAAGAAGCCGACGCCCUCGGCGACAAGGUCGCCAUCAUGGUCUCGGGCCACCUCAAGGCCAUCGGAAACACGACGCGCCUCAAGAACAAGUUCGGAAACGGAUACCGUGUCGAGCUCGCCUUGGGUCAUCCUACGGAGCAGUACCCUGACAUCCCGGCCCAGAAGGAGCUGGAACAGGAGAUGACCGAGGCCACGAGGACGAUCAUGCCAGAGUCGGUCUUGUUGGACAAGUCGGGUGGUGUGAUGGUGUUUGGGAUCCCUAUGCAGGCGAUUGAGAGGAUGGCAGAUUUGACGGCCAUGUUGGAGAAUGCUCAGGCGCUGGGUAGGGUUAAGCAGUGGGGUAUUGCGCAGACUAGUUUGGAGGAGGUUUUCUUGUCACUCAUCCGUUCCUCUGACGACCGUCAUUAA